AUGCCUCACAGCAACACAUCAGCUCAACGGCCCCCGGUGUACUAUAUCGGACAUGCUGGUGUACCACUUCUCUUUGGUGACGAUGAAAUUACCGUGACCGCUCGGGAAAAUUUGCGGGCAAUUGGACACGAGAUCCUUAGCUUGGAGCCUCGGCCAAAGGCUAUCAUCGCGUUCAGUGGGCACUUCGAAGCAGGAGAGAUACACGGUCCUAACACCAUUGAAGGUCGUCGAGGAUAUCUAACUGAUACUUGGCAGCAUGACUUUGUCGGCGAUUUUCACGAUACGCAUCCAUAUGUGUACAAAUACGAAUGGGAUCACCAAGAUGCGCCCAAACUGGGUAACGAGAUUUGGCGCUAUCUAAAAGACAAAGGUCUCAAGGCGAAAAGGGUGGAAAGGGGAGUUGAUCAUGGUGUCUGGGUGCCUUUCAAAGUUAUGUUCCCACCAGAGCGGCCACUGGACAUUCCACUCAUCCAAGUCUCAACUUUUCACGGUUACGACCUAGAAUCUCAAAUAAAACUAGGGGAAGUUUUUGAAAGCCUUCGGGAAGAAGGGUACCUUAUCCUUGGAUCAGGCAUGGCUGUACACUCGUUUCCUUCGAUUGAAGAGAUCAAGAAUGCGUCUACCGAGAAUGAAAGAGUUCUGGCCAAGAAAAGGGUCUUGCAGGAAACAAGGAACUUUGACAGUUUUGUCCGGGAGGCGGUUGCUGAGAACGAACCGGUGGCCCGUAAGAAUGCGUUACUUGCUCUCGAGUCCCGCCAUGAGUUCAAGAGAAGCCAUCCAACAGUCGAGCGGCAGGAGCUGCAGGAGAAGCAAAGGUUGAACCUUUAG